AACAUGCCAGAAGGUGGACUGUCUACACUAAAUUGCCCUUGUGCGUGUGUGCGUCUGUCCCUGUCCCUGCCCCUGCCUGUAUGUUCCUGGCUUUGGAUCCACCAUGACUGACCAGUAUAAAGCGGUUACUGAAGACGAAUGCAUGAUGAAUUUGUUCCAUAAUGCAUUGGUUAACAAGUUUUUCUAUGUCUUUGUUCAGAUCAGAGAUGUAUAUUCAUGAGGCAGACUACUACAAGUCAUGUAUAACCGAAUGAUUUGAUGCCAGAUGUUUGUUCACACUACAUCAGCUGCCACUCACUCUGCACCAUUCCAUACACAAAGGAGAUUAGCUAAUAUGCUUUCAUGCACUAUUCCCUGUUUUUUCCUCUUCUUUAGAUUAAAUAACAUCCCUUUUCCCCCUCCAUGUACUCAGUUACAACGUUGUCCUCCACUAUACUGUCAGAAUCUGACCUAAUAACCCUACACAGCUCGCUAUGUUUUUUGUUUUCGACUUGCUUUAGGCUGAUGCGCUGAGACUGCACAGCUGUGGUUGCCAUGGUGACCAUGUGUAGCGGGCUCCAUAUCGAGCGACCCUCCUCCACCAGCACCUCCUGUACAACAUGGUAUGAAGAUGGGAUGCAGCAUUCAACUGUUGGCACGUGCCUUGUCUUUGCGCUGUGGCCACGCCCCCCGUCCUUGACUCUAUAAAAGCCAAAGGAAACCUCCUUCCCCCGGCAGUGAAGCUCAAACCUGCGGAGAAGGAGCCUAUGACUUGAUGCACCGAAUGGCCGGGUCUUAGUUAUUUGCUUAGCUGAACGCUGCGGUUUUGUUUUUUCCAUAAAUACGCGCUGUCGGGCUUGAACGCAGCUGGUAAGAUGCCUUUUCCACCUAUAAACCUUCAUUCGCGGAUAUCGUCGCCGGGAAAAGAUCUGUUCAGGAAGAAGAAACCCGGCACGAGUGGUGUUGUCCCUCCUCAGUCUUUGCUCAGUCCUAAACCGCGCGAGGAGAAGGAGACGGAAAAGGACAAACUGUCCACGUCCUGGCCUAGUGCCAAUCUGAGACAGCUGGGACGUAAACCACCACCAGCAGCAGCGCAGCAGUACUCCAGCAAAUUUCCAACAGACUUUUCAGUUCCAAACCUCGACGUCAUGGACGUGAAAAGCUCGUGGCUGAACGCGAAACCGCUGGGAGGUUCGUGCGAAAGCGUUCCGCGCUCCAGCUCCGGGGAAUCCGCGGCUCGGCGCGCCGUCGCCUACGGCAAAGAAGAGCUGGAGCAGGAGGUGCAGUUCUCCCUCAGCCUCACCCCCGAGGCCAUCCUCGUCAUUCAGAAGCGCAACCUGGAAAAACAGAUGCUGGCCAAGCAGCAGAAGUGCUGCGGGUCGACGGACACCAGACACCGCCGGGCUUUACCGUCCAAACGCGCGCAGGGCGCAUCGAAGAGCAGCACGGGCCCUGUGGCCAAACUGGACAGCUCGAACGACAUCAGUGCGAUCGUGAAGAUCUCCCUGCUCAACGACCAGCACAAGUACGACGACGUCGAGUACGAGGAGGAGGACGGAGACGUGGACGAGACGGUGAUGCGGAAAUGUAAAGAGUGGCUGAAAGGCGUCGAGAGCGCAGCCGCCUUCAGCAAAGUGGACAAACUCUCUGCGCUCCCGCAUCUCAAGAGCUGCUGAUGGAAGCCACUGUGAAAACCCACACAGGAAAUGUUCCUCAUAAAAUGGACUGAAAUAUCAUUUCCCCUUGCUGUAGCCUGUUGAUAUGGUAUGGCACUGUGCGUCUGUCUGUCUGUCUGUCAGUGACUCUUCAGUUUCUUGCACACGGACGGCGAUGUCGCAUGCGGCCCUGUGGUCGUUUAUUUCCACUCAGGUUGCGUCUAAAUGUAGCGCCAUUCAAUCGCACUCGGAUAAACGAAUAUGUUCAUCAGUGAAGCUUGGGCAUCUGCGCUCACAAUGCAUAGUCAAAGCCACAGGUGUCGUGCUCUGUUUGACAUGGGAUAGGCCUGUAGUGCGGAUGUGAUGCCUAUGCGGUUUGGGACGCAGCCCCACACGGAGGCUUCCCACUGGCGCGACGCUCUCCUUUGUGCCAGAAAUCAAAGACAAUGUGACAAACUUUACAAUUUAGAAUUCUGUGUGUGUGUGUGUGUGUGUGUGUGUGUGUUAAAAGAGUAAAUGGGUUUGACACAACCAGCUUUGUACAGUAUUUAUUUAAAAACGUUACAUUGUGUUUGUGUUCUAACCUAGAUCUUGUCGUUUUUAUGUUUUUGUUUGUUUGUUUGUUUUUUAUUAAAUAAAGUGUAUUAAAUCCAGUUCUGCAUCUACACUGACUUGUUAAUUUUAAUAAUAAGGAAAUUUUGACUUUACUAAUACAAGUGCUAAUUUAGUACUGGUCUAGGAGAACCACGUAAUGACGUUCAUAAACCUGCACUUUUCCAUACAUUCUGGAUUCGUACCUGUAUUAUGAAGGCGUAUUAUAAAGGUAUGUGUUCAAAUAAAACCUAAAGCAUACAUAGUCUUGACUAAAUUCCAGACAACUCAUUUUAGAGUCUUUAUUAACAUUCUCUAAAAUUAGUCUUAGUAUUUACUUUUGUUGUUGUUGUUGCGGUUGUACUUUGAUAUUAAGUUGUUCCAAAACCUUUUUAGAUUUUUUUUUUUAUCCCUUUUUUUUUUAAAAUGCAGGCCUACUACUUCGUCUCAAGAGAAAUUCUGCAUCUGCAUUGACUACCGUAAACACACGUAAAACAAUAGCCUACAAUCAUCUCAGUGACUGAGCAAGACAGAACAUUUCUAUUGUGUUUGUUCCCAUUUGAUGGGGUCCGAUCACUAAGCCGGUCAUUCUCACAUUUCUGGUUGUUCGUCCUGAACACCUUUGAAUGACUUCACACAGAUUUUAGUUAUAAGUAAGCUAUAAAUGCUGUUAACAGUGAGGGCUAAUAAUCUCCAAAUAGCAUUCUGGCAAUUUCAUCAUAAAGUUAAGUGGAUAUAAAUUUUUUUUUUUUUUUGCUUGAGAUUUUAAGGAUAUCUUAUAGCCAUAGCUUGCCUAUAUUACGUUGUACUGUAUGAAAUUGAUUCAUGAUGAUCAAUAAUUAAGCGCCACUUCUUUUGUUGACUAGGCUCAUUUCUGCUACUAAAUACAAUACAUUCGUACUUAUCUAAAACUAAUUUACAUUCUUAUUUACUUAAGACUUAUUUAUAUUCAUUCAUAUUCAAAAGGCAUUUAGCACAGGUUUAUAUCGUGGACCAUAUUUAAACAUGCCCAAUAUUAUCUUAUCUAUUGAUUGGAGCUCUAGAACUUUCUAUUCCUGAAGUUUCCAGCAACAAUAUAUUGUUAUACAAGUUGACAUUAUUCGCUUUAUUUUGUUUUUCCCAAGACACUUGUAUGAACGCACAACAAAGAGAUGAACUAAACGCAAUGGCUGAAGCAAGUGCUUGUAUCAUUUUACCAUUUUUUAUUUAUUUUUUUUAAAUGAAGAGAGAUGAAUUCUAUAGGAGUUUUAAGUUUUGUGGGUUUGACUUACAAAACCCUCCAUUUGAGAUCUGGCCUCGCUAUAGCAACACCACCUCAAACACCCCCCACCCCCACACACACACACAAAGUUACUGUGAAACUCGGAGCAGCAAGUUCAAACUCAUCAUUCACUUAUCAGACAGAUCUGAAGGUAUGAUUAUAUAUAUAUAUAAUAUGCUAUAUAACAUGCUAUACAUUGUGUUGUUCUUUAAAGCAGUAUAUCAUAUAGUAUAUAUUGUUUAUUCAUUUUGUAAUAUUGCUGUUCAAUGUAUUGUUUGGGAAUCCUUGCAUUAGGCAUACUAUUAUAUUGAAUAAGGGUGUAUG